AUGGCUUACAGCAAAUUUUCCCCGUUUACUGUCACCAGCGGCGUUCGCCAAGGUUGCCCUAUUUCAUAUUUCCUCCUCGAUGUUGCCAUUAAAGAUGUCAUCCAACAAGCAUUGGAAGGUGUACAAAAUCGCGAUAUUGAACUUUCACAUGUGACAGUCGUAGACUUGGACUGCGCCGAUGAUAUUGCUUUGCUUGCGGACGAUCCACAAGCCGUUCAGAACGCUUUGAACAACCUAGUGAUGGAGGGGGGGGGGGGGGGGGGGGGGGGGGGGGGGGGGGGGGGGGGGGGGGGGGGGGGGGGGGGGGGGGGGGGGGGGGGGGGGGGGGGGGGGGGGGGGGGGGGGGGGGGGGGGGGGGGGGGGGGGGGGGGGGGGGGGGGGGGGGGGGGGGGGGGGGGGGGGGGGGGGGGGGGGGGGGGGGGGGGGGGGGGGGGGGGGGGGGGGGGGGGGGGGGGGGGGGGGGGGGGGGGGGGGGGGGGGGGGGGGGGGGGGGGGGGGGGGGGGGGGGGGGGGGGGGGGGGGGGGGGGGGGGGGGGGGGGGGGGGGGGGGGGGGGGGGGGGGGGGGGGGGGGGGGGGGGGGGGGGGGGGGGGGGGGGGGGGGGGGGGGGGGGGGGGGGGGGGGGGGGGGGGGGGGGGGGGGGGGGGGGGGGGGGGGGGGGGGGGGGGGGGGGGGGGGGGGGGGGGGGGGGGGGGGGGGGGGGGGGGGGGGGGGGGGGGGGGGGGGGGGGGGGGGGGGGGGGGGGGGGGGGGGGGGGGGGGGGGGGGGGGGGGGGGGGGGGGGGGGGGGGGGGGGGGGGGGGGGGGGGGGGGGGGGGGGGGGGGGGGGGGGGGGGGGGGGGGGGGGGGGGGGGGGGGGGGGGGGGGGGGGGGGGGGGGGGGGGGGGGGGGGGGGGGGGGGGGGGGGGGGGGGGGGGGGGGGGGGGGGGGGGGGGGGGGGGGGGGGGGGGGGGGGGGGGGGGGGGGGGGUGGGGGGGGGGGGGGGGGGGGGGGGGGGGGGGGGGGGGGGGGGGGGGGGGGGGGGGGGGGGGGGGGGGGGGGGGGGGGGGGGGGGGGGGGGGGGGGGGGGGGGGGGGGGGGGGGGGGGGGGGGGGGGGGGGGGGGGGGGGGGGGGGGGGGGGGGGGGGGGGGGGGGGGGGGGGGGGGGGGGGGGGGGGGGGGGGGGGGGGGGGGGGGGGGGGGGGGGGGGGGGGGGGGGGGGGGGGGGGGGGGGGGGGGGGGGGGGGGGGGGGGGGGGGGGGGGGGGGGGGGGGGGGUGGGGGGGGGGGGGGGGGGGGGGGGGGGGGGGGGGGGGGGGGGGGGGGGGGGGGGGGGGGGGGGGGGGGGGGGGGGGGGGGGGGGGGGGGGGGGGGGGGGGGGGGGGGGGGGGGGGGGGGGGGGGGGGGGGGGGGGGGGGGGGGGGGGGGGGGGGGGGGGGGGGGGGGGGGGGGGGGGGGGGUGGGGGGGGGGGGGGGGGGGGGGGGGGGGGGGGGGGGGGGGGGGGGGGGGGGGGGGGGGGGGGGGGGGGGGGGGGGGGGGGGGGGGGGGGGGGGGGGGGGGGGGGGGGGGGGGGGGGGGGGGGGGGGGGGGGGGGGGGGGUGGGGGGGGGGGGGGGGGGGGGGGGGGGGGGGGGGGGGGGGGGGGGGGGGGGGGGGGGGGGGGGGGGGGGGGGGGGGGGGGGGGGGGGGGGGGGGGGGGGGGGGGGGGGGGGGGGGGGGGGGGGGGGGGGGGGGGGGGGGGUGGGGGGGGGGGGGGGGGGGGGGGGGGGGGGGGGGGGGGGGGGGGGGGGGGGGGGGGGGGGGGGGGGGGGGGGGGGGGGGGGGGGGGGGGGGGGGGGGGGGGGGGGGGGGGGGGGGGGGGGGGGGGGGGGGGGGGGGGGGGGGGGGGGGGGGGGGGGGGGGGGGGGGGGGGGGGGGGGGGGGGGGGGGGGGGGGGGGGGGGGGGGGGGGGGGGGGGGGGGGGUGGGGGGGGGGGGGGGGGGGGGGGGGGGGGGGGGGGGGGGGGGGGGGGGGGGGGGGGGGGGGGGGGGGGGGGGGGGGGGGGGGGGGGGGGGGGGGGGGGGGGGGGGGGGGGGGGGGGGGGGGGGGGGGGGGGGGGGGGGGGGGGGGGGGGGGGGGGGGGGGGGGGGGGGGGGGGGGGGGGGGGGGGGGGGGGGGGGGGGGGGGGGGGGGGGGGGGGGGGGGGGGGGGGGGGGGGGGGGGGGGGGGGGGGGGGGGGGGGGGGGGGGGGGGGGGGGGGGGGGGGGGGGGGGGGGGGGGGGGGGGGGGGGGGGGGGGGGGGGGGGGGGGGGGGGGGGGGGGGGGGGGGGGGGGGGGGGGGGGGGGGGGGGGGGGGGGGGUGGGGGGGGGGGGGGGGGGGGGGGGGGGGGGGGGGGGGGGGGGGGGGGGGGGGGGGGGGGGGGGGGGGGGGGGGGGGGGGUGGGGGGGGGGGGGGGGGGGGGGGGGGGGGGGGGGGGGGGGGGGGGGGGGGGGGGGGGGGGGGGGGGGGGGGGGGGGGGGGGGGGGGGGGGGGGGGGGGGGGGGGGGGGGGGGGGGGGGGGGGGGGGGGGGGGUGGGGGGGGGGGGGGGGGGGGGGGGGGGGGGGGGGGGGGGGGGGGGGGGGGGGGGGGGGGGGGUGGGGGGGGGGGGGGGGGGGGGGGGGGGGGGGGGGGGGGGGGGGGGGGGGGGGGGGGGGGGGGGGGGGGGGGGGGGGGGGAGGUCAACUGGUCCAGGCGUGUCGAGGCCAGAUGA